UUAAAUUGUUUAUUUAGUAUUUGAGGCUCGGGCAGCCGUUAAACACUAGCUCGCUCCGCGUUGCUAACGUUAGCUAGCGACAGCAAUGACACAGUGCGCGAGAACCCCGUCAACAACAUCACAACAAUGCGAGGGGCAGUUAGCUAACACACCUGCCGUGCCCAGCAGCUGUGGAUUAGGUCGGGAAGGACACACGGUGACACCCAGAUGGAUCCUGGACAGGAUUUACUUCUCGCUGCUCUGAGUGAGAGCGGCAUUUGCCCCAAUGAUAUUGGCCUGUUUGACGUUGAUGCUCAGGAUGUUGCACAGCCCUCUACAGCCCAACAAUCUAUCUCCAUCAGUGCCCUGGAUGCUGGCGUGGGCACAGAGUCGGUGGACGUUACUCGAACGGAGCCUGCAGCUCCAGUCCCUAUAGUUACUAUCAGGCACAAACCUCAGCCAUCAACCACCACGUUUGUCUUAAAUCAGCUGAAUCAGUUGCCGUCACUUGGAACUGUCGUGACCAAACAAUCAGCCGCGAACAAUAUCAAACACACCAUAACUGUCACCAAGGUGGUCCAUGUUGCUAACUCAGCCCUGCGUGGUUCCUCGACCCCCUCCUCCACAAGUACUCCUCCUUCAGUGUCCACAGUAGUGCCUUCAAACAGAGAUCAGCAGGUUCAGUUGAAAGAUCUCCUUCGGACCAGCAAUGUGAAGAGCACCGGUCCAAAGGGCAACAGUCUGAUGGAGCUCAUGAAGCUGAAGCCUCCACCUGACAUCACGACACCAGUGGCAACGGCAACAGCUACAGGUGAAAUGAACAACGGAGUCAAGAAAGAAGUUUUGGGGAAAGAUGCUGCCAGGAUCUGGAUUAAUGACAACAUUAAAAUGCACAACUUCACACAUCCGAUGAAACUCCCAGGGAUGAAGGAGGAAGACGAGCCCGAGGAGGAAGAAGAAGAUGAGUUGGGUCAUGCAGAAACGUACGCAGAGUACAUGCCAAUGAAAUUAAAAGUUGGUCUGCGGCAUCCCGACCCUGUGGUGGAGACCAGUUCCCUGUCCAGUGUCAAUCCUCCAGAUGUUUGGUACAGAUUGUCCAUCCCGGAAGAAACCAUCGAUCGUGGCUGCCUGUCGGCUCUGCAGCUGGAAGCCAUCACAUACGCUGCUCAGCAACAUGAGACAUUCCUCCCUGGCGGUGAUCGAGCUGCCUAUUUGAUUGGCGAUGGAGCUGGUGUGGGGAAAGGCCGGACGAUUGCUGGGGUCAUCUAUGAGAAUUACCUGUUGGGCAGGAAGAGAUCGCUUUGGUUCAGUGUCUCAAAUGACUUAAAGUACGACGCUGAAAGGGAUUUAAGAGAUAUCGGAGCCAAAAACAUUCAGGUUCACUCACUGAACAAGUUCAAAUAUGGAAAAAUCUCUUCAAAACACAAUGGGAGUGUGAAGAAAGGUGUGAUAUUCGCCACCUACUCUUCGUUGAUAGGCGAGAGCCAAUCAGGAGGGAAGUACAAGACCAGGUUUCAGCAGCUCCUCCACUGGUGCGGGGAGGACUUUGACGGGGUCAUUGUAUAUGACGAGUGUCACAAAGCCAAAAAUGUGUGUCCGGUCGGAUCAUCCAAACCCACAAAAACUGGACUUGCAGUGUUGGAACUGCAGAACAAACUCCCCAAAGCUCGGGUCGUGUAUGCAAGUGCUACAGGUGCCUCUGAACCGCGAAAUAUGGCCUAUAUGAAUCGUUUGGGCAUCUGGGGCCCCAAAACUCCCUUCAGAGAGUUUGGCAACUUUAUCCAAGCUGUUGAGCGCAGAGGUGUCGGCGCCAUGGAGAUAGUCGCUAUGGACAUGAAACUGAGGGGGAUGUACAUCGCGAGGCAGCUGAGUUUCACCGGUGUAACUUUCAAGAUUGAGGAGGUUCCCCUGUCUCAGAAAUACGUCCAAAUGUACAACAAAUCAGUGAGGAUGUGGGUGAGUGCACGUGAGAAGUUCCAGCAGGCUGCGAACCUGAUGGACGCAGAGCAGCGCAUGAAGAAGUCCAUGUGGGGCCAGUUCUGGUCGGCCCACCAGAGGUUCUUCAAAUACCUCUGCAUCGCCUCCAAAGUCCGCAGAGUGGUCCAGCUCGCCAGAGAGGAGGUCCAGAACGGAAAGUGUGUGGUGAUCGGUCUUCAGUCCACUGGAGAAGCAAGAACACUGGAGGCUCUGGAGGAAGGAGGAGGAGAGCUCAAUGACUUUGUGUCGACUGCAAAGGGUGUGCUGCAGUCCCUGAUUGAGAAGCACUUUCCAGCUCCUGACAGACAGAAGCUGUACAGCCUGUUGGGUAUCGACCUCUCAGCCAAGAAAACGCCUUCUCCAUGUGAAACGGCAGCACAGCAAGAACAGAAGGGAAAGAAAAGAAAAGGCUCAGAGGUCAAAAAGCAGCAGCAGAAGAAGAAGCCUCGCAAGCACGGCGGCCUGUCAGGUACCAGCUCCGACGAGAGCCAAUCAGAGGAGUCCGACCGAGAGUCUGGUAAAGACAGCGACGACAGCUUCAAGUCUGUCAGCUCAGCAGACGAAGACGACGAUUUCAACCCAUUCAAAGACGAUUCUGAUGACGACGAGGAAGACGAUCCAUGGCUCAUCAGAAAAGAACCAAAGAAAGGGAAAGAGAAGAAGAAAAAAAAGAGGAGGAGGAGUAUCGAUCCAGACUCCAUUCAAAGUGCCUUGUUAGCCUCUGGGCUGGGCUCCACCAGGCCUGCUUUCACUGCCCCUGUUAACCCCCCCAGCACACCUGCGAUAGUCAAAGCAGAGAGUCAGGAUAGCUACGUAACAGGAGACGACGCAGUGGAGCAUGCCCAGAAAAUGAAGCGAGAACUGCUGGAUCAGCUCGAGGAGGUCGCUGAGGAGCUGCCACCCAACACGCUGGACGAGCUCAUCGAUGAACUGGGAGGACCUGAAAAUGUAGCUGAGAUGACCGGCCGCAAAGGUCGCGUGGUCAGUAAUGACGAUGGCAGCAUCACGUAUGAAUCUCGCUCUGAGCUGGACGUCCCAGUGGAAAUCCUCAAUCUCACAGAGAAGCAGAGGUUCAUGGAUGGAGAGAAGAACAUUGCCAUCAUCUCAGAAGCUGCCAGCUCAGGUAUCUCGCUGCAGGCCGAUCGUCGAGUGAAGAACCAGCGACGGAGAGUCCACAUGACACUGGAGCUGCCGUGGAGCGCAGACAGAGCGAUACAGCAGUUCGGGAGAACUCACAGGUCGAACCAGGUCACAGCUCCAGAAUACGUCUUCCUCAUAUCAGAGCUGGCAGGAGAGCAGAGAUUUGCUUCCAUUGUAGCCAAAAGACUCGAGAGCCUGGGAGCUCUCACUCACGGAGACAGGAGAGCUACAGAAACUCGAGAUCUGAGCAGGUUUAAUUUUGACAACAAAUACGGCAGAAACGCUCUGGAAAUUGUGAUGAAGUCCAUCGUAAAGCUCGACUCCCCGUUAGUGUCUCCGCCCUCUGACUUUAAAGGUGAUUUCUUCAAAGAAAUUCAGAAAGGAUUGAUAGGCGUGGGGCUCAUAAAUGUGGAGGACAGAUCUGGCGCGCUCUCACUGGACAAAGACUACAACAACAUUGGGAAGUUCCUGAACCGUAUUUUGGGUAUGGAGGUCCACCAGCAGAACGCCUUGUUCCAGUACUUCGCUGACACGCUGGGAGCCGUCAUCCAGGAGGCCAAGAAGAACGGCAGAUACGACAUGGGCAUUCUUGAUCUGGGCUCUGGUGAUGAGAAGGUGAAGAAGGUGGACUGCAGGAAGUUCCUCACACCGGGCUACACCACAUCUGGACACGUGGAGCUCUUCACCGUGAGUGUGGAGAGAGGGAUGUCCUGGGAGGAGGCGACGCAUGCUUGGGCAGAACAGAAUGGACCAGAUGACGGCUUCUAUGUACAGAUGAGGAACAACAAGAAAACGGCCAUCCUGGUCAAAGAGGUGAACGCCAAGAAGAGGCUGUUCCUGGUGUAUCGGCCGAACACGGGCCGGCAGCUGAAACUGGAGACGUACGCAGACAUCAAGAAGAAGUUUAAAAAGGUCUUAUCAGAUGACGCCAAGCAGCACUGGACUGACCAGUACAAGUCGUCAGCACAAAUCUGCUCUCAUGCAUAUUGGCGGGGGAACUGUAAGAAGGCGUCUGUGGGUCUGCAGUGUGAAGUCGGACUUCGGUGCAGGACGUACUACGUUCUGUGUGGCUCGGUGCUCAGCGUGUGGAACGAGGUGGAGCUGGUGCUCACUCCCGUCAGUGGAGCCAACGUGAAGGUGCAGAUCGUCCGCCUCAGAACAGAAGAUGGACAGAGGAUAGUCGGACUGAUCAUUCCAGCGAACUGUGUGUCUGCAUUAAUUAACAAGCUGUCAACAUCGGACCAGAGCCAGCAGCUCGCCGUGCAGGAGCAGCAGAAACGGCAGCAGCUCCACCCUCAGAGUUUCAGUCACGCACCCAACACAUAGUGAGGUGGACCGCUCGGCUUCAUGGGCGUCGAUCCCAUCUCCACCCCCUCGAGUUCACAUCCCGGUCUGAAGGGAUCUGACUCAUAAGUCUCUCUCUGCACUGCAGGCUCCAGGACCGCUGUCCCCCUUGUUCUGCACCCUCACGCCCCCCUAAUGUCUCUGAGGGUCGGAGGUGUCACACCGAGCUGUGAAGAUCCUCAGAUGUAAAGCCGUGGUUGUACAGAGAAAAGAUUUCAGGGUUUCCCUUUUUUUUUUUCUUUUUUUUAAAAAUCUCCAGAGACUCUUGUUCUCACCUAGAGAGAUUUGACGGGUGACGUUUUGUCCUCUGACAUUCAGAGUGAAAAGAUUUGUUGAUAUAUUGAUGGAGUCGAGACCUUUUUAAGGGCGUGUUGGCCUGUGGCUGUCGAGUUCUCCACUCCUCACCCACGUUCAGAUGUUUAGUCCGGACUACCUAGUGUGAAGCAAAGACUUUCUCUUGGUUCAGAUCAAAGGUGGAGGGGACAGAGACCGGCAUGUCUCUGAAAGUCUGAGAUAUAAAUAAUAAAAAUUGGGGAAAAGAAAAACAUCUUGAGAACUACCUUGAUUCAUUAAAGGGUAAAUCCACCAGUUUGACACAUUACAGUGUGUUUACAGGUCAGUCUUUUGUGGCUACAAAGGAAGCAGCCUACAGUGAAAACCCAGUGCCUACAUUACCCACGAUGCAUCAUAGCAACUGAGUGACAUCACUGGAGGAACUCAUGGCAGCCUCCUCUGGAGCCACAGCAGGCUUCAUACGACUCUUCUCACAUGUGAACUCACACGAAUGUGGAAAUUUGUUGGAUUUCCCCUUUAAUCAGAGGACAUUUAAUGCUUAAAUACAAUCUGAUAUUAAUAUAUGAUGAAAACUGUCAGUUGGUUGAUCCUCUGACAUGAUUCAGCACUAAUGUAGAGAAAGAAUCACUUCUCUGAAGUAGAAGUAGUGAUGCAGAACUUUAGUUCCUGAUCAGUUCUGGUUUCCUUUAAUCGCUCAUGGCGACGACAAAGCCCAAAAAAUUCUUCGCUGUGAGAAUCCACAAACAUCGUAAUCAGAUGAGUUAUUCUAUUUCCUUCUUUUUUUUUUUUGCACAUGGCUCUCAAAUUAAUCUAACUUUCUUUUUAUUUGAGUAACAUAACAUUAAAGGACAGAUUCACAGUUUUUCUAUUGUCUUGUUGGGCUGCAUGACGUGGUAAAAAGAAAACUACGAUCGAAAUAUGAUCAUUUUUGCCAAACAAAAAUGUCCUCUUAGAUCUGGUGAAAAGUAUUUGGCCAGGGCGUCUCUUCAGCGCUACAGAACUUCAGUAUGAUACUGUUUUGUUAAUAGUUAUCGGAAUAAUGUAGCUUUUUGAGGAAUUAAAGGUCCAACCCUCAUUUUCCUUCUGUUAUAAUUCCUCUGGUUCAUACUGACCCUGAAGAGAUGGAAGACAAAAUCCACUGUCGUAUUUAUUUUAAAACGUAUUUAAAAGUUUAAUCUGGACUCACUGUGACGCUCCAGCAAUCUGAGAUGAAGUUAAGUAGUAAAAGAAAAACCCGACAUGAUUCGUCUCAGACUGCUGAGGCCUCGUAUUGACUCGUGAUUAACUACAUUUUUACACAGAAUGAGGACAGCGACACAGUGAACACAAGGCAUCUCUAAAGGGCUGUUUUGAACAGGAGGAACGACAGGAAUUCUAGACGAUUUCAGUGUUUUUAAGACCGACUGAACGGAUCGUUUAACAGCAGGGGAGUUUUGUCACAUUUGCCUCAGUAUCAGUACAAACAGCUGCUGCAGUCAGGCGCCUUAAACAAAAGCACUGAUGGAAAAGAUUUGGUUAUUUUAGCGUCCGCUCUCUGCUGGUUUCUAUUUAAAGAAAAAUGUUUCCCAAAAGAUAAAUAUUGAACCGGUAAGAUUGUGUAACCAGGCGUUUUCUCUUCAGACGUUUCAUCACAGACGACGCUGUGGUCACACUUCAACUUUAAGUUUCCUUUUUUAUGAUAAAUGAUUUGAUGCAUCAACAGUUACAGCUUCUCACAUGAAGACUUGUUUUGUAUUAUUACAACUGUUUUUCUUUGUCAUUCCUUAGGAGCAUCCAGCAAACACAAAUGUAAAGGAACAGCUGAGCCUAAACUGAAUAUCCAGUCCUCCUCUCCUCCCUCCUGAUGAUAUAAAGUCAGGUGAAGUUUCAUCAUCCUCAAAACAUUUCACACCAAAACAGAGAUGGAGCGUUCUGCUAAACAUCUGAAGUAGCUCGUUUGGCGUAAUCCAACUGUCUUGAAACUCCGAGAUCCCAAAAUGAUUUUAAAAUCCAUUACUUGCACCCAUUUUUUAAUUGUAAAACUUCACCUCGACUGCAUAUCAACGCUGUAAAUAACGUCUUUCAAGUGAGUUUGGGAUCUGUGGGCUUCUGGAGGAGAUGUGCAGCCAUUUUGUUUGUUGGUUUGUUUCCUCUUGACCCUUUUUCUUUAAACAAAAACAAUCCACGGUCGAGCUCGCGCACCCAAACACUUAACAGCAACACUGAGGACUUCAGCUUUUUAAAAAGGUUGUAAGUAAAGUAUUUUCUAAUCUCGGGGCUCUCUGGAGAUCACACCUGACGAGUCCCCAGCUACUUCAGGUGUUUAGCAGAAAGCUGCAACUCUGUUUUACUGUGAAGCUCCAGAAAUGUUUUGUGGACGACGACACUUAUCCUGACUUUGUAUCAUCAGGAGGGAAGUGAUGACUGGAUUUACAUGUUGGGGUGAACAGUUCCUUUUUAAAACUACUGAUAUAGUGAGAAACAAACAAUUUGUUACAUGUUUAGUCCCCCCUGAAAGGCAUCUUCAGCUGCUCCUGAGAAUGUUUGUCAUUUAAAAACCCACCUUUGGUCUCUACCUCGAUGUCAGGUGUGACGUCUGCGACACUAACCGUCAUCCAAACGAGAGGAAACAGAUAUUUUACAGCCAAGCAGACGAGGAAGUGUGAGAACUGUGACCUGCAUGUCCGUAUUAAAGACCAUCACUUCUUGUUUUUUUUUUUUUAAAACAGGUUUCAGAGCCGGUUUCUGCAGCGCUGUGCUCUGCUCAGAUGUUUUCUUUUUUUUUUUAUUUUGUGGCAUUUUUAAAUGGACUUCUGCUCAGGGGUUAAACUCAUACAAAAGACCCUCUCUGGAAAAACAAAGUAUCUGAGAUGCAUGACCAUAAACUCGAAUGCUCCUUCUAUACCUCUGCUCGGUGAUGUCGCUGUGUGGCUCUGUGGUUCGCUGUGUUUACAGUCCUCACAGCACGUGUCUCCCCGAUUCCUCCGCUUUCUCCGGCCGAGUUGUAAUUUUUAAAAUUGACGAUCGCUUCUGUCGAGUAGUUGUUACCUCCUCCAGCCUCCUCCUCGGUCCUCUAACUGCAUCGUACUAGAUCUGCACUGGAAGGUUCAGGCCAGAGUCUGCACACCUGAGCUGAUGAUUAUAAAGUCGACCUGUGGAUUAGUUCUUGUUAUUAGCUGUGUAUUCUCUUCUGCUCUUGAUUGAUGCAUUCAGAAACAAGUAAAGGGAGGGAAAAAAAAAAAAAAAAGAAAUGGGAAGAAGUCUUUGUAUCAUGCCGAUGUGCAUUUUGUACACUUUGUAAAAGGAUCAAAAACUGAGAUUCUCCCUGCAGCACAUCUCAAACCGUCGGACGGAGCAGCUCUCUGAUCGGACGCCACAUCUCUGAACUUGAAUGUCGAGCGUUGUAUAAAACACACGGCUCGCUUUUCAUUUCGUCUGUCGUGUCGCCGGGCUGCAGACUUGGUAACUUUUUGAAUGCCACAGCAGAUCGUCUCCUCUGAAGUCGAAUAACACUUGAAGGACUUGUUUUUUUGUUUUCUUUUGUUUUCUUUUUUUUUUCUUUUGUCGUUGCACGAGUUGCACUACUGACAGAGUUGUACAAAUAUUCAACAUGACCUGUACAUGGAUGAGUGCAAUGCUCAAUAAAGCUUGGUAUACUUCUA